ACAGAUAUAUUAUAAUGAUCAAACAAUGUCAUUAACUGACCACAAGUUUUAAUAAAAAGCCUUGUAUCUGUUGAUUUUCAGUUUAUUUUAUCGUGAGCCAUCGAACGUCAAACAUUGAUUCUGUUGAUUUAGUCCCAUAAUAUUCCCAACUCAUUUUCAACGAAAUUGUGUGAAAGGAAACAAAGUUUAUUUCCAAGGUUUCCAAGUAUUAUAUUUUUUUUAUUUAUUUUUUUUUUAAUUUUUACAUUUUAUUUAAACAAAAAAAUAAUGAAUAUUAUUUUUUUUGUCAGCAUUGGAUUUCUUGGAAUAGUUUAUUCUGAUGAAUUAUAUGAGGGGGGUAGUUGUCCUCUUGAAAAUGGAAAACUUGGAAUGUGCAAAAAAGUACUUGAAUGUCCAAAAAAACUUGAAGAAGUUAGACAAGGAAAAAGAGAUGCUGUAUCAUCAAGAUGUGGAUUUGAUGGUGUCAUUGAAAUUGUUUGCUGUCCACUUGAUCUUAAACAAAAAUUUGGUCUACGACCUGUCGAACUUGCAUGUCAACAGUAUCAAAAUGAAAUUCUUCCAAUCAAAGGAUUAUCAUUUCAUAUAUUAAAAGGAACAGAAGCACGUUCAGGUGAAUUUCCUUAUGCAGCUGCACUUGGAUAUGCUAAAAAUGAUCCAGGAUCAUAUCAAAUUGAUUAUAAUUGUGGAGGAACAUUAAUAUCAUCAACAUUUGUUUUAACAGCUGCACAUUGUGUUAAUAAUAUUGAUGGCAAAGUGCCAGUUCGUGUUCGUGUUGGAUCAGAUAAUUUAGAAGCAAUAGAUUCAAGUGUUCAAGAGCUAAGAAUUGAAUAUAUAUUGCCAUCUCCAAGUUAUAAACGUACAGCAGCUUAUAAUGACAUUGCUCUUAUUAAACUUGCAAGUCCUGUCAAGUGGUCACCAACUGUUAAACCAAUUUGUUUACCAAGUAAACCAAUUGAACAACUUAAUAUAACAUCAGAUAGUUCAUUGAUUGUUGUUGGCUGGGGUGCAACAAAUAUUGAUGGAGAUUUUUCAAAAAUAUUAUUAAAAACACCAAGUCUAAAUGUUGUAUCGAGACAAGAGUGUUCACGUUUUUAUGCAGGUUUUCAAAGUUUAAGAAAUGGUAUAACAGAUGAUGUAAUAUGUGUUAUGGAUAAAAAUUUAACUAGAGGAGCAGAUGCAUGCCAGGGUGACAGUGGAGGACCACUUAUAUUAAUAAAUGAUGAUGAAGAAAGUUUAGUUGGAAUUGUUUCGUCAGGACAAAUAUGUGGAAGUCCUGUUCCUGCAUUAUAUACAUCAGUUUAUAAACAUCUUGAAUGGAUUGAAUCAUUUGUCUGGUCAGAUAGAAAUUCAAUUUAAAGAUAAAACUUUAAUAUAUAUAUCUUAUUUACAUAUAUAUCUAGUCUCUAUGAUAUUUUUUUUUCUAAUCUCAACAAUUUUAAACGAACCAAAAUUUAUUUAUUUUAUUUCUUUUUCUUGACACACGCACACACACAAAAAAAAAACUAUAUAUAGUUAUUAAUUUUUCUUAGAUAUUAUUGAAAUUUCUCUUUAUUUUUUUUUCAAUAUUUAUUUUUAUUUCAAAAAAUAUAUUCUUGCAAAUUACAUAAGCAAGAAUUGAUAAAGCAAAAAAUGAAAACAUGUAAUAAUACGUUAAGUACGAUCUACGUAAUAUACAUCUAUAUAUACAUUUAUCUAUAUAAAUAAUUAUACUUUUUUUUUUUUUUAAUAUCUUACAAUGUAGGCAAAAGUAAUUCACGUCAGGGGGAUUUUUUGUAUAUAUCCUCGAAAAAAAGAGAGGAGUGAAAAAAAAAAAAAAAAUACUU